AUGGGGGAUGGGCGGACGGAGGAGGUCGACGACGAGCUGGAAGCGACGCUAAUGGCGUGCGGCAUUCUGUCCGUGAGCAGGGGGUAUGUGCCCUGUUAUAGCGAGCCAAGGGAGGGGAUGGAGCUACUGGAGGGGCUGGGGGUGUCGGUGGCGCGCGGCAUUGAAGGCCGGCCGCGGGCAGUGUCUCGGGCAGGCGCGUGCGCCAUGGCGUGCUCGUUUGUUGCCACGGCAGCGUCGCGGAGCGCCAUCGAAGCCGAGCAGGGGCGCAGCGAGGAGGAGGCGUGCUGCAGCAAUGAUGGGAUGGGAGGGAAGGCUAUCCACGUCAGAAAAAAUUGGACCGUCCCUACGAUUUCUGAUGGCAUCGAUCGAUUCACCGCAUCUACGACUCCCGUUUCACCUCACCCGUCACCCCAUCCGUCCUUCGCUAUUACGGUAAAAAAUAUCCCCGCUUCCAGACCUUUCUUCUCCCCUGGUGGACAGCCGGCGCUAGUAGCGGGAGGACACGGCGUUGGCAAGGUGGCGCCGGCGUCGGCCCGCCGCCAGACCAGGCGCCAGCUCGCAGCCGCCCUCGUCGUGGCCGCCCGUCAACCCGCCUCCUCUGCGCGUCUCCGCAUCGUCUCGCCGUCCCCCGUGCGCCCGCGGCAUGCCCUCGUCGUGGCCGCCCGCCAGCUCGCCUCCUCCUCCACGCGUUGCCUCGCCGUCCCCCGUGGAGUCGUCCGGCUGCGGCGCGCUCAAGAGGCUGAGGCUCGCCUGUCUGACGUGCCUCUCACCACGCCCUUCACCAUCACAUCCUUGCGCCUCGAGACAGUCUCCAACAUCACCACGUCAAGCUCCGCAGCAGCGCCGUUGGCUAAGGGGAGGUUGACCUCCACCUUCCACCCGGCUCCUGGGAGGAUUGAGGGCACGCACCGGCUUGCGAGUGGCCAGCCGUGGCCAUGGCUGACCCUGGGAAUUCCAACGCAAUGUGAGCUCGCUUCUUCCCGUGAGUACUGAAUGGCGGUUGUGAUUCUACAUAUACGUAUACGCUGUCCUCCUGUGCCUCCUGCACCCCUUAUGAUUCAAGUACAUACACCUUGGCAGCAACUUCCAAAGUGUUCGACAGAAUGCUUAUGAGGAGGUCAACAUGAAGAUAUUAGUUGUUUCAUCUGCCCGUAGUGCUCUAACCACAUAAACAACGGGCCUACCUGCCUGGUUAGAAUUUUCCCUGUACUUUGACUGGUUGUUGGUUCGAUCUAUAUGAUUUACAACUUUAAUACUUAAUUGCUUAUGCUCUACUACUUCCAGUGGACUGAAGUUAAUAAAUGAGAACUAAUUUGUAUUGCCACAGGACCAUUCAUCUAGGCACAAAAUUCUUUUCUACUUCGCCUCCUAUUGACCUCUGUGCUUUAGUUUCCUUUUCCCAUGGGUGGACAGAAGAUUGACCCAGUGUGGAGUGGUUUGAUUUGGGAGAGGAGCAAUUCGAUGGGAACGGGGCUGGCACUGGCAGUCUAGCAAGCCAGUAGCUCAAUGCUUGCAUCCUGCAGUGUAGCCACAAAAUUUAUGGACGUUUCUUGCUUUGAGGGGAAACAAUUUUGAAGGUGAUGCAUUAAAUGCGAAGCAAAGUUGAAUAAUGCCCCGAACCAAUACUUUUUUACAUUAAUUGUUUAUUGUUAUGGUGAAAAGGAAAUAUAAAACAUAGUUGACUAAUGCUCUGUUCUUUAGAGUUGCAGGCCUUGAAUAGUUGUCUCAUGAUCAAAACAUAUGGUGGCCUGAACCAACAAUGACUUCCUGUAUGUUCCAGCAUUGGACAAUAUAUGGUCACGUUUAUAAUUUUUACUACUGGUGGGAAGUAUGUUCAUAAUUUUUUUAAGAGCUAGAGGAGUUGGCUUAGUUCAAGGUAUUGGCUGCACCAGCACUCUUAAGUUCUUUUUUAAACUUGAACACAUAUUCAGAUGAAAUACUUAGGUAUCCAUACAUGUUAAAAGAAUCAUUAUUAUAUAUGUUGAUGCUUAAGGGCUAUACAGCUAGAUUGUUUACUGCAACUUGCAACUGUAUUUAUUUUUGCUAAACCAGCGUGUAGUUCCUACCUGCAUCCUACUAGCUCCAUUGACUCAUCAUUUUUCCACCUAAUUUUUAGGUAUGUUAUAUUUACUCAUUAGCAUUUGAUUACUUAAAUAAUAUACUCCUAAUAACCAUUUUGCUACUGAUAACACAUGUUUUCCCAAUGACAAAUCUUGCAGGAAUCCUGAUUUCAAGGUACAUUCCUAACUCUAUCAGGGUCCAAAACUCUCUUCUAUUACAGCUUCUACUGCCAAUUGCAGUAUUUUUUUAUCAACAUUAUGCAAGUAACCUGGCACAACAUUGCACCUGUUCCGAACAAUCUUUGGUCUCAAAUCACAAAGUGUUAUUCACAGCAAGAACAUCCAAUAACUGAAUCUCAGUAGAGCAAGAAAGCAAUUAUUUGUUGCAGGGACCUAAUUUGCAGGUGCAAUUCUGGCUCAGCAGCUGUCACGUCAUUAAAUAGAAAGGUUUAUAUUUUUUAAAUCUUGUGUGGUUACUAUAGUACUAAUAGUUUUUAAGUUCAAAACCCUGCAGGACAUCUACGUCUAUAUUGGGAAGGUCACUCCUCUCGGACCACCACAAAUUAGGUUAUGCUAAAUUUCAAAGUAGCUUAAACUAUGUAGUUGAUAGUUACUACUCCCUAGGCAAAAUGUAAAAUAAUAAAAUUUCCUUGUAUUAACCAUAAAUUUGGCCUGAUGUUUUUAUGUUCCCCGAUAAAUAAUAUGAAUGUAAUAAUGUUACAAGUUCCAGUAUUUAGAUUGCAACUUUAUUAUCACUUACAGAGCUUA